AUGUACAAUGGUACCCUACCAGCUUACUUGCAAGUCGGUCAAGAAGUAUGCCAACGUUGUUAUAACGGUUUAAUGCAGUCAUCAGUUGCGAUGAAGGAGCAUGCAAAAGCAACUUCUAAUAUUCAACAACUCGACGCUAAUACCUUAGAUCCAGAGGCUAAUACGUUAGAUCCAGAGCGCGAAGUAACAAAAAAAUUGCCAGCAUUUCAAACAUUCGAAGAAUUUCGUGCUUAUAUGGAAUCAGAAAAUAAAAAUUUAUCAAUUUUUUUCGAAGAACUUGUAUUAUCAGUAAAUCUAUCACAGAAAAAAGAAGAAUCACACCCCAAAAUAUUGUCUCAAUUGCUUUUCGUUUGUUAUUUGCUUUGUAGUCUGCGUAACAAAUUUAUUAUUAAUGUAAAAAGUGAUUUAGCACUUUAUCUUGAUUCUACAGGUACAAGUAAUUCAACGAUCAAUGCUUUAGCAGAACUCGGCAUUACAUCAACGGCACAAACGGUUUGGCAUGCGAAUUCCCUAAAAGCUGAUUUAGAAUACCGAUUUAUGACAUUAUUGGGAGUAACUUUUAAUGAACGAUGGAAUAAUAAGAGUUUUGCUGUUAUUAGGAAUGUGGAUACGAUGCAAAAGUAUUUCAAUUUUG